UAUUUAUGAAAAAAAAACACAAGUGUUUUGACAUGGUUGGGAUCUAUUUAACUCUAUUUGUAAUCUUUAUAAUAUAUUUUUGAAUCUCGUGAUAUCAGUUUCUAUUAAAAAUAUGCACAUUUUUAAUAUCAUAACAUUUUCUAGGAUACAUGUUAAUCGCGUCGUUACCUGUUGGCGAUGUACCUACGAUUGUACAUAGCGCUAGUAUCUUACUUCUCAUGCUGAUCCAGUUGUCUUUCUACACAUUCGCCGGUGACUAUUUGGAGACAAGAAGUACUGCAUUAGCUUACACUACUUACAACUGCGAUUGGUACGAACUGCCGGCUAGUAGAGCCAAGGACUUUCAGAUUAUUAUAAUGCGAGCCAGUAUUCCUCAUCAGCUAACGGCCGGAAAAUUUGUGGUCAUGAACAUGAUCACAUUUAAGGAUAUCUUAAAAUCCACGGCUUCGUAUCUUUCGGUCUUGCGUGUUAUGUUAGAUGGCUAAAUCAUAUAUAUUUAUAGAAAGUUCUAGUUAUUGAAAUUGUGCUGUCGAUUACAUCUCUCGCUUCCCCUCGCGAUAAUUAAAGUUUGUAGGUCAAUUUGAGAUAACUUAGAACAAAGUUUUUAAUUGUACUUUAAUUUUAGAGAUAUGUAGGGAACAUCACUGUUUCUUAGAGAUAUCACAGAGAAUGUUUCAAUGUAAAAGUUUCCAGUUCUUCUUCAACAAUACACGAUAUUUUAUA